AUGCAAAUGUCUCCCAUCUUGGAAGAAGAACUGGCUCCUUCUGAAUUAAUGAAAAAGGUUCAGGGCAUUUUCCAGGAGCAUGAUAAGAACAAAACAGGGCUUAUUAUACGUGGGGAUAUGCAGAAAUUGAAGGAGGAAGACUUUCCUUGGAGCACAGAACAGCUGGAGCUGCUCUUUGACGGCCUUGAUUCUGACUGCCAGGGAUACUUAACCAUUCAAGAGUUCAUUGCAGGGCUCAGGCAUGUCCUGAGCUCAGAGUCUGUGACAAGACGACACCGAAGGAGGAAAGAUGCUUUAUUAAAGGGUCCUGCCAACCUGCCACUGGAGGAAGCAGAUAUCGAACAGCAGAAUUGCUUUGAGGCCUUCAUGAACCAACUGGGAGCUGACAGCAUCUUUGAAGAACGUGUUGCUGAUCACAACACGGAGGUGCACCAGCUGUAUGUGGAAAUGGAACAGCAAAUAGAGAGGGAGAAAAGGCGGCUGCAGCGAGAGAGUGAAAUCAGAAGCAAGUUUUACAGUGUGGAGAUGCAGAAAGUGUUGGAUGUCAGGGAAAGGGAAAUUCAGCAUUUCCUACGUAUUCAAACAGAGCUGGAGACAGAAUUUUUCCGCCUCCAAGAAAAGCAGCAUAAGGCUAGUACUAAAAACCAGCAACUCAAACAAACCAACGUUGCCCUGGAGAACCAGUUACAACAAGUUCUCCAUCAACUUCAAGAAACUCAAAGACAUUUGGAUAUCAUGAAAAAUAGAGUAUCACAGAUGUUCAAAGAAGGCGGCAGGGACAGACUACUGGAGGAAAUCUCCAGCAAGACACCUCAAAUUCCACAGGAUGAAACCGAGAUGGUCACCUCUGAACUGGAGAUGAACUUUGAAUAUAGGUUGAGUGAGGAUAUACUGGACAGUUCUGCUCAGCAGGCACCAGAGGACAAUGCAUUGAUUACCAAAGCCGAGUCAGAGCCCAGAACAAGGGUGAUUUCCAUUGAAGAGGAUCCUUUGGCAGAGUUUAUUGAAGAAGCACAACAGCGUUUCUUACAGGAGCCUUUAGGUCAAAGUUCUUUGCUUAGAGAACUGAAUGAUGCUAUAGCAGCCCUGAAUGAGUCGUCUGAAUCACAACAAGAACAGAUGCACAAUCGUGGUUUACAAAGACAAGAAUCUUCAGAUCAAAUGAGACAACAUGGAAAUAAACCGCACUAUAUCACUCAGGGGAAAAUACCACAAUAUGAAGGUGUCUUGAGGAAUGAUGGUCCAGGGAAGAGAAUUUUAGAAACUGACCAGGGUACAUUUCAACAAGAGAUUCUUCGUAAAGGACAGAGUUAUGUGCAAGAUGAUGUUCUGGAGAUGGGAAAAACUGGCAUUUUUGAGCCAAGACUAGACCUUAAAGGUCUAGUACCAAUGCAGACAGUGAGUCUUUUUUCUGAGGGUUGUUCUCCUGGUCAUUCCAAGUUGGCAUCACAGGUCAUUGGCCCCAAAGAGAGCCCAGAACAGGAGGACAUUCUGUCUUUAGGGCAGGUAGCCCAACCCAAAUUUCAUAAACAAGUUUUAAAGACGAGAGAGAGAAUUCAGACUCAGUGGCCUUCUGUUGAUUCUGAGCAGGGAGUGAGAAUGAAAACAUCUAUAAAAAUGGACAAAGGGAUACCAUCGGUAAAAGGUAUGCUACCAGCUUGUUUUUCCCCAAGGACAGUUCUGCGUAAGUGGCACAACAGCCAACUGGAGAAUAUGUCCAAGAGUGAGACAAGGAUUCAGACCCUCGAGGAGAGAGAAGAACUUUUAACAGAAGACAGAAAAGAAGGACAGGCUGAUAUUUCUGAGUGUGAGAAGGAUCAAGAGGCCAGGAUAGAAAUGGAUAAGGAAACAAACGUCAACAUGGAUUAUCAGGAUUGCCAAGUGAAUGCUGAAACCAAGGAAACUUCAAAAGGCACCGCAGAUGUCUGCCCUCAUCCAGACCAUCUGUAUAACUUGCUCUUUGUAGGAGAUUCUAAUGUGGGCAAAACAACCUUUUUGUGUGGUUUACAUGAUGAUUCCUUUGGGUCAAAUAUAACUGCGACCAUAGGAAUGGACUAUCGGAUCAAAAACCUCUUUGUGGAUAACAAAUGCUUCACUUUACGGCUAUGGGAUACAGCUGGCCAGGAAAGAUAUCACAGUGUCACCAAGCAGUUCUUCAGAAAGGCUGAUGGAGUGGUGCUGAUGUAUGACAUCACCUCAGAAAACAGUUUUGCAGAUGUGCGGUAUUGGCUAAAUUGUAUCCAGAUAAAUCCAAACAUCUGUACUGCAGAUGCCAACUCGACCCUCCUGUUGCUUCGACAGUACGGCUCCUGGCUGUAA